CAGUGUUUACCACAGAGAUUACAGCUGGAAUAACUAUUCUUGUUAUGUCCUUAGUGGGCGGAGUCCCUGUCACAAAGUAUCUCAUAGUGGUGAAUGUGAAUAAUUAUAAUACGAAAAAUGGCGGAUUCCGAGGACACUGCUGUCUUAGAAGUUUCUUCCGAAUGCAAGUCUACAUUAUUAAAGAAGCAAGACAGUAAAGACACGGACAUAAUGUCAAAUUACAGCACAUCACUGGAGGGAUCUGUGGUGGCUUCGCCAUCAAUAGAAAGUUUCUCCACUCUCCCUGACCAAGAAAUGUCAGAAUUUGGUUUGGAUACGCGAGACCUUCAAGUAAAAGUUGACAAUCCACAAAAACAUCUUGACACUCUUGAGACAUACAUUACAUUUCGAAUUACAACAAGGACCUCUCGUGCUGAGUUUGAUGAAACUGAGUAUGUUGUUCGAAGACGCUAUAAUGACUUUAUUUGGCUCCGUCAGAAGCUGGUCGAUGCAUUUCCAACACAUCUCAUUCCACCAUUGCCUGGAAAACACACGCUUCUUGCUCAGCUGGAUCGUUAUUCCAAAGAGUUCAUCAUGGCACGAAUGGCUUUGCUUCAUCGAUUCCUGAAUCGUGUAGCUAAUCAUCCUGUGCUAAGCUGUAACCAAAGUGUGAAGAUCUUUCUCACUGCUAAACCAUCAGAAUUCUCAAUUCACCGUAAGAGUCGUCAAGGUAUACUUGGUCGAAUGUCCACGUCUUUCCACAAUCUGGCUGCAGUGUACAUGAUGCGGCAGCGCGCGCAAGAGUUUGAGCAGGUCCGUGAAUAUGUGACCACACUUGGAGAGAAACUGAGCAGUGUGGAAAGGGUUAGCCAGCGAAUCCACAAAGAGAGGCAAGAUUACUUGCAUGAGUUGCACCAGAUGCAUCCGAUCUUCACGCUUUGGUCUGCGUCAGAGCCUGAACUCAGCCCGGUGUUACUGGCCAUGGCUGCUGCGAUAGAACACAAUGCACAAGCGCAGCAAAAUGUUCUCGUUACAUACACUCCUGACAUAGCCCAGCCUCUGAAGGAGUAUGUGCUUUAUAUCGAAGCAGUGAAGGAAGCCCUAAAUCGCCGUGAUUCAGUUCAAAUUGAAUAUGAACUUACCGUAGAAGAAUUGAAGAAGAAGAGAGCAGAGAAAGAUGUGUUGCUGGCAGAAGAGCAAACAUCUGGCAGUGGGGGUUUCAGCCUUGGAGGAGCCACUCUGUGGAAGAGUGGUGGAGAAAUGAGAGACGACAAACUACAGAAGUUAGCACAAGCCAUACCGCAGCUAGUAAAGCAAGUGGAGGAAAAUCAGGAUAAAAUGGAAUGUGCUAACGAGAACUUGAGGGCUGAUUUAGAUCGUUGGCAUCACGAAAAGAAGGCUGACCUGAAGAAGUUGUUUGUGGCACUAGCUAAUCAGCAAAUUAAAUAUUAUGAGCAGUGCCUUACAGCAUGGGAAGAGGUACUUCCAAAUUUGAAGGGUGUAGACACUUCAUUCUCAUCAAACAGCAAGUCUGAACUGCAAGUAUCUAGCUAGCUGCCUGGUCACGCCACUCAGAUGUAAAAUUCCAUUUGCAUGAGUAAUACUUCAAUGGAUUUCAUUAUAAUGUCUUGAAAUUUAUGAAUAUGCAGAAGGGAGGUGAUAUAAUUAUUUCUUGUUAUUUGUAUCAGUAACAAUUUCAGAACCAAAUUUAAUUGUAUGUAAAUAAUAUAGUUUAGUGACAAGAAAAUGGAUACUGGUUUUGUCUCUGUGACUACCAUUUGUUAUUUAUAUAUAAUUGAUUGUUGUUUGUUAUGUGUUGCAAAUUAUGAUUGACUUCAUAAACUUUAUGUUUAUCCUUUAUUUAUAUACUAGGUGAGGCAAAGAAAAAUUUCUUUUUAGAGAAAGUGGUAAAAGUGAACAUCUUUACAAAUUUGAAUGAAAGUCAUAUAAGUUUUAUAGAACAUUCCUAGGUGAGUGUAGAAAUAAGAUGUAUUUAGUUUGUUCGAUUCCUUAUUCUGCUUUGUGAAUGUGUAAAAGUGUGUCAGGUUUUGGCUCUCACAAUCUGACUUUCUGAUGUGGAAUGCCAUAAAAUGUGUGUCACAGUUCAGGCUGUAAGUGAAACAUAUUUCUAUGUAAAAUAAACAAGCUAUUACACAGGAUUUAAGGCACAUUAUCUUGUAUUUAGUUAUUACUUGGAGAUGGGUAUGGCAUUUCUAAAGUAGUUUGCAGUUUUAUGAAUAGGCAAGCUACUUGUGACAUUUGUUUUCAUCAUUUUUACAUGCUGUAAUUCCUCCAUUUUAAGAUACUAUCAGUUGUAAGAUACACUAUUUAUUUAGUAAUAGGUUUUCAGCAAAAUAUAUGUAUCGAUUAUUAGAUGCCAUCAAAUUUAAGAUGCACCCAGAUUUCAGGAAUUUUAAAAUGUGAAAAAACUGUGUCUUAAAAUCAAGGAAAUAUGGUAUGUAAAGUCUCUAUUUGAGUUAUACAAGAUCUUUGAUUGAUGUAUUUGUAACAUAGCACUGUAAAUAUCUGAUUGUUCUCCCACUCAUACGAAGUGAUGAUGUUUGUUUCAGCCAUUUUAGAUGUGUAAUUUCAAUGUUGUUACAAAGAAUUUGUUGGUUGGUUGGUGUGUUCGUACUGUACUACUUUUUAAUUAACACAAAUAUUUGAUCUGCCUCCCAAUCAAACAAAGCUGUCAGAGUUAUUAGGCAGUAUUAGCUGAUGCUGCUGAGUUACGUUAGAGGCUCGUGUAAUUGUUCAGUUAUUAGCCAGGAAGCAUAUAAGCUAAAAAGCAUAAUAAUUUAAAAUUCAUGCCAAGUGCAGUUAGCAAAGAGGUAAAGUGAAGAGUAGUAUCAUUUAAACUUCUCAGUAAGUGAUGUUAGUAAGCAUAUAAUCUGAAGAUUAAUAUAAUUUAAAUGAGCCAGUGUAGCUCAGUCAGUAUAGUGACUGGCUAUGGACUGGAUGACUGGAGUUCAAUCCCUGAUGGUGGCAGAGGAUUUUUCCUCUAGCCUCUGCAUCCACACUGGUUGUGCGGCCGGGGCAUCAUGCUAAACACUCACCCCCAUCUAGUGCCGAGGUUAAGAAUGAGUAGCAGCUAUACUACUUCUCCCCCAAGCGCCCGCAUGGCGUAUAGUGGGACAGCUUUUAAUAUAAUUUAAAUUAAAAAUAUGUGUAGCAAGAGUACUAUCAUUUAAACUUCAUGGUAAGUGGAGUUAGCAAACAGAUAAACUUAAAGAGUAAUAUUUACACAACUAAAAACCUUAAACCUAAUUCAGUAAUUCCAGAUGUUUAAAAUCGGUGCAUUCCUCAUGUAGUUAAUAUUCCAGACUGCAACCAACAUUCCACAUCAACUAAACCCAAGUUUGUUUAGUUUUUAUAUUAGUUGUAUUUGGUAUUAUAGAUAUUGAUGUAUUGGAUACGCUGUAAGUCUAAUGUUUAUUCAAGGAUCAUUUAUAAUUACAGCUGAUGCAGUGUGUGUCAAAAGUACCUGAGGUCUUAUUCCUGUGCAAGCAAAAUAUUCUGUGCAAUAUAUAAUGGUGAUAUUCAUAUUCUUCUACCUGUAUAUCUGCCAUCAACUUGUUACUCCUACUGUGCUGAUUAUAUAUGUAGGAUGGAAAGACAGACAUGUUCUUUUGUAAUGUGGUACAUUAAAAAGGAACAGUUGAUGAUGAUGUAAUAUUUAGUUACAUGUAGUAUGUAGUAUUGACCUCAUUUCCAGACCAUUUCUGAAAGCAAAGACGCAUUGCUGUAAACUACAACUAUUUUGUGACAUGUUUUCAGUUUUUUAAGUAAUUAACUGUAACUGUGUCUUCAAAACUAAAAUAUUGUGAAGUUACACUUGUUCUGGUGAUACGUUUUCAGGAUUUUAAAACAGCUGAGGUACAUAAGCACCUUCAUCAGGGGCUGAAGAUGGGAAUAUAUAAAAAUAUAACAAAGAUAAUGGUGAAAAAGGACAGACAUUGCUGAUAAGCUUCGUAUCAAAAUAAUUUGUUGUCAGUUGUAUUCAGGGCUGUUUGUGUUGUAAAAUUUAAAAUGUUGGCAGCUAGCAGUGAAAAAUGUAGCAUGUGGAGUUGUAGAACUUAAAUUACUAAUUACUAUAUGAGUUUUAUUCUCUUUAAUACGUAAUACAUUUUAACCUGUAUUCAGUUCUUUAUACUUAUAUUCACAAGGAAAAUCUAAACUGAUAUUAAAUAGCUGAUAGGUUUGGGGCCUUCAGAUAUGGCUAUUUUAAAGUAAUUUCGCUGAUAUUAACAAAAUAAGUAACAUCACGACUCUCAACAUAUACUCAAAAACUAUACAUCACUGAAAUCUCACUUGCAUAUAUCACUUAAGUUUGUAAGCAGUUAACUUUUUUGUUACAAAGAGACUGUUUUUCGUUUACUCUUGCAUACUAAUUAACUAGAAUUCCAGCUGAGCAUUAGAUAUUUAAUAUAUCUCAUGUGUAGCAUUUAUCCAGUAUUACAGCAGUUAAACUUAAAUUAGAAUGUGUAAAUUGUGCUCCAAAGGAGAUGUGUACUUAUUGUAACAGAUUUUUCAAGGCUCCAGUGCUGUAUUUUAAUGUGGAAUGUGUUACAGGCACUAUCAUUGUAUAAGUCUGGAAGAUUCUUUAUAAUUCAAUCUUGAGAUAACAUUUUUUUUGUCAUUGCCAGUGUUAAUAAAGUGUGACUGAAAGCUAGUGGUUUAAAAUUUGAAAAUGAAGGCCAAAUCAACAAGUAAAAUAGGUAGCCAUAUUUAAACACCGUAAUUAAGGCAGGUUCAUUUAUGGUAGAACAACUGGUAUCCACAUAAACAUACUGGUAUAUUGUUGUAUAAAACAGUGCCAUAGAACACUGGAUUAGUUGCUGGUUUCUCGCUGCAGAGGCCUGGGUUCACUUCCGACGAUUUGUGAAGAAAGUGCCACUGGGCAGAUGUUUCUCUACAUUCUUUGGUUUUACCCCGAUGGUAUUCCACUAGUGUUAUUUGGGGGAUGGUCAAAGGGCCCGUUAGAGGCCGCAGUUACACAGACACACAGUCAUACCCCAUUGCAUUGUUAAGACUUCUCAUUGUCUUCUAAAUUUGUUAUUUUCAAAGUGUUCCAGCUAUUUAGAUGUAGAUAAGUGUUACAUGUAAUAUGAUUUGUACCAUGGUUGUAUGCAUUUUCAGUGUCUUUCUGCAUAUGGCAGAGUAGUGGUUAAUUGCUGUACGCAGAUGUGAACACUUGACACACAGGAUAUGUGAAUACAGUAGCAUUUUUGAGCGUCUAGCUUAAGUUAUAGUGACAUACAGAAUCUGAAGAAGUGGAGUUCACAUGUAUUUUCAUUUUGCAGUGACUGGUUUGUCAUAAGAGAGCUUUGGCUUCGGUCGGUAGAGACGAACAACUUGAGGUGAAUUAUUUAUUAUUUGCAUAUUUCAAGUAAUAUUUGAAAGGUGUAUGUUAUAAAAAGUGUCAUAUUCUAAAGGUUAAUCAAAGAUAUCUAUUUAUGCCUUAAAACCUGAUGGUAAUUAUAUGUACCACUUGCUUCAACAGUCAGAAAUCCUCUGUUUUGCUCAGUGUAUUUAUCUUUCUUACCUGUUAUUCAGUAUCUCUUAUAUUUUUAAAUACCUGUGUUGGCAAGUGCUAUGCCCUGUAUCCCGCUGAACUCCUAGGUUGCCCUGAAAAUGGAACUUUGAACAUAUUUUGGAGUAUUUCUUGACAGAUAUAAGUAAUUUAGGAUAAAUCUGGUGUUUUUUUUUAAUAUGCUACCUUCAAUGUUGAAAUUUGGUGACCCCCCAUUACGGGGUUUUCUUGCCAAGGUACCACGGGUUUCACCUUGCCUUCUGAGGCUAAUCUUUAUCCAUCAGACUGGAAGAGAAAGGAUGCGGACAAACAUCCGUGCCUUGAGUGGGACUCGAACCCACGGUCCCAGCAGCCAGGCGCACGAGGUCCAUGCCUCAGACUGUGUGGCCACUGCGGCUGGCAAAUCUGGUGCUUAAACCCAUAAUAAUACGCUGAAAGAUCUGUUCAGAUUGUUUUGUCAGGGGUAUUAAUAUAGUAACAUCUAAAUUCAGAAAGCAGGAUAGCUUAUGACUGACUAGCCAUGGGCUGGAUGACUGCUGUUUGAUUCCCUGCAUGGAAAGUGAUUUGUUUCUGUAGUACGUGCAGACCAGCUGUACUGGGGGGCUAUUUCCCUAGGAGGUAAAGUAGGAUUUGAGGUUUUCACAGCGGUGAUUCUGAAGAUGGCUGUCUUCUGGGUUGUUGCACCGUGUAGUCCGGUAAAAGUAAUCUUCAACAAUAACCCACAAGACAGCCAUCUUUAUGAGUUAAAACAGCUGGUGCUUGAAAGUGACCAUUCACCUGUAUCUAGUAUCAGGAAUGAAUGGUGCUAUACUUUUAACCUCCAUACAUCUUCAUGGCACAAUGCAUUUAAAUUUUCGACACAUUGAUUCAAUUAAAUAUUUCUCCUGGCCUGUGAAUGAGAAUGUAGUGAGAACUAACAGAAAAUUACCUGUAAUAAAUGGAAACAUUUUAAUGUUGAAAUGAAAAGGAAAAUAAUAAAUUUAUUGGAAAAUGGUGUGCUUCAGUAUUUUAUAAUUUUGUGUUUGUAUAAUUCCUUUUCAUACUCUGCUUCCUAGAAUUUAUCUGUGAAAGAACAUUAACAUCACAGAUAGUAAGAAUUAAGCAUAAGUGCUGGAAAAAUGUAUAUUGAACAGCGACACCAUAAAAUACAUAUGCAGCAUGAAUUUCUGACUUGUGAUUUUGAUCAUAAAUAAGUGGGGUAUGUACUGUGCAAAAUUACUUUUUCUUAGAAGCAAGUACCUGUGAAAAUAUCUUAUUUCCAUGUGAAUUAGUAACACAUCUGACUGAAGUAGAAAAUUAAGAAUGUUAAUCAUCAGUGACAUUAGUAUUUUGUGCAAGAGUGGCAUUACUGGCUUACUACUUGUUAAGUUAAUAUAUCUUACAAGUUCAGUUGUAAUUUAAUAUCUCAUUGGUUACUUUAUAGGUUUUAAUGCCAGUAAAAUACUUAUAAUAUCGUCUUAUUAGUAGAAUGUAGUGAUGUUUAAAUAAAUGAUGACAUUCUUUGUAGUCAGGUAACUUAGAACAUUCUCUUUGUAACAGGUUUUAAUGCUGAUUUUUUUUCAGGCAGUUGGCAAUAAAUCUGUCUGCUGCCCAA